CGUGUAUCCAAAAAGAGUAUUUGCUUAUCCCCAAAACGAAAUAAUUGUGGAAAAAAAAAGUUAGGGUUCUUUUACAAAGAUGAAGAAGAGGCAAGUAGUGAUAAAACAGAGAAAAAGUUCCUACACUACGACUUCUUCAUCGACCAACGUCCGUUACGUUGAGUGCCAGAAGAAUCACGCCGCUAAUAUCGGCGGCUACGCCGUUGACGGUUGCCGUGAGUUUAUGGCAAGAGGUGGAGAAGGAACUGAUGAUGCUUUGACGUGCGCUGCUUGUGGCUGUCAUCGGAAUUUUCAUCGGAGGGAAGUUCAAACGGAGGUUGUUUGUGAGUAUUCUCCUCCUAAUUGAAUCAUUGACGAAGAUGUGAACAUGGAAGAAAACACAAGAAAUGUAUUGGUGAUUUUUAAUUAAAUGAGAAAAAAAAAUUAUGCUUCUAUUGAAUUAUAUAUUAGAGAUGUAUUUAUCUAUGUAUAUGGUUAUUGAUGUAUAUUUAAAUACUUACAGUAACGCCAAUCUAUUCAGUCUUGAUGUGAUGGGAAUAUUGUAUACUACAGCUUCAACUAUAUACGAUUUGAUCUAUUUAAG